AUGAGCGUUGUUGCUGAGGUCGAGGUACGCCAGCGCCGGCAGGUCCCCGAGCCGUGGCGGGAUGGGGCCCGUGAGGUUGGUGCCCGUGAGCAUGAGGCGCGUCAGCAUGGCGCCCACGACGGAGGCGGACAGGUCGGCCGGGACGCCGCCGUGCAGGUCGAUGAACUGCAGGCUGAGCUCCGUGACCCGACCCGCAGCGUUGCAGGACACGCCCGUCCACCGGCACGGCGACGCGUCGGUGUCCCUCCAGUUCCCCAGCGUCUCCGCGCCGCCCCGCAGCGUGCGCUUCCACGCCAGCAACGCCGCGCCCUGCGUGUCCGCGGCCAGCACGCCGCCCACGCACGCCAUGACGAGCUCGCAUCGCAGCAGCAGCAGACCACCUGCCAAGUCGCCAGACAGCAAGCACUACACUUGACACUUGCCAAGGCCCGGUUCCUGUUCGGCAAAAUGCCUCAAGGGAAAACGGCCAAGGGAGCGGUGCUGCAGCCCGCUGGUGGUAGCAGGGGCAUUGAAUCCCUGCCUGAUGGAGUCCUUGAACACAUCCUUAGCUUCUUGCCAUCUGAGGAGGCCGUCCGCACUAGUGUCCUUGCCCGUAGAUGGCGCCACCUCAGGAAAUCCGCCACGGGCCUGUGGGUGGGGUCCGUCGACCCAGAUCAACCGGAGUCUGUGGAGGCUCUCCGGAGCUUGGUGAACCAUCUGCUGCUCCUCUGCAGAGACUCACCCCUCGAGAAAUGCUAUUUCGCGUUCAAUGCUCAGCUCAGCAGCCAUGAUGAUGUGUCCCACGUAAACCUCUGGUUCCAGCAUGUUGUGAUGUGCAAAGUUCAUGUUCUCAGCCUCUCUAUGUUUGUACGCAGUCAGGAUGAGCCCUUUCUUCCACUAGACAACCUGCCUCUCAUCUCCCAGCACCUGAGGAGGCUGGAGCUCGCUGGUGUACAGCUCAUGGACUGUGAGUUGUCAUCGGUCAACAAGAUUGUGUACGAGUCCCUGAAACAUCUUAUCAUCAUUUUUUCCAUAGGCAGCUCUGAUUCUCGCAUCAACAUUUACACCCCAAAUGUUGCCUCACUGCGCCUUGAGCAUUUUGGAGGGAGGACUCCCAUUGUUGAGGGGAUGCCCUCAUUACUUGAGGCAUCUGUCAAAAUAACAGGGGCGUGUAGGGACCGCUGCACUAAUGCAAAUUACUUUUGGACUUGUGAUUGUGAAUCUUGUGAUAGUUCUGAUAGCACAGCUAAUGGCAGUAUCAACUGUGUGCUUCUAAGAGGCUUAUCGGAGGCUAAGAGCUUGGUGUUGAAAUCUGCAUCUGACGUGUUUAUUUUUAAAAGAGAUUUGAGAUGGUGCCCUGUGUUUACAAAUCUAAAGACCUUGUUGCUGAAUGGCUACUGGUAUGUGCCUGAUGAUUUCCAUGCACUAGCGUGCAUUUUUGAACACUCACCUGUUCUAGAGAAGCUUACUUUUGAACUCCACAACAUGUGGUUUAAACAUAAAGUGGAAAUCAAACUACGCGUCAGUUCGAUGAAGAGAUCAACUGCAAUUUCAGAACACCUUAAGAUAGUCAAGAUCAAGUGUGAAGUGGUUGACCAUAGAGUUCUCAAGAUUAUGAAGUCCUCUUUUAUAACCCCAAACCCUAAUGUUGUUGAGUUGAUCGUCUCCGAUGUUAGCGGCAGUGGAGGGCAUGAGGGCCUUGGGCUCAUGGGUAGCAGUGUCGCACCAUCUACUCUCCAGGCGACUGGUGGCAUAGUAGAUUUUGCACUAAUAAAUCAGAAACGAAUGGGAAGAAGCAUUGCCUUGAUUGUGCCCAAUAGAAAGGCUUGUUCUAGUGUUCUAAGUCAGUCGGCGCAAGUCAAUCCCCGUCUUCAGCUAUGA